AUGGAUCACGUUAUGGAUGUUGUUGUCAAGGCAGUAAACUUUAUACGAGCGCGAGGUCUGAACCACAGACAGUUCAACUGCCUAUUGGAGGAAAGUCACUCUCACGGUCUGCCUUAUCACACUGAUGUUCGUUGGUUAAGCCGGGGAAUUGUGCUGAAGCGCUUUUAUGAAUUAAGAAGUGAAAUACAAAGUUUCAUGCAUAACAAAGGAAGAAAUGUCCAGGAACUGAAAGACUAUGAUUGGCUUCAAGAUUUAGCCUUCAUGGUAGAUAUGACAGAACACUUGAAUUUGCUCAAUACAAGACUGCAAGGUCGCAAUAAAUUGGUGACAGACAUGCAUGAGUCCAUUCGUGCUUUUGAGGUGAAGCUCAAACUUUUUGAACGUCAACUAGCAGCGAAUAAUGCUGCACACUUUCCUACACUGAAAUCAUUGCAAAGCACACCUGAGUUUCGUGGAAUUAUCAGCAGAGAAAAAUACUGCAACAUGAUUUCCAAGUUACUGAACGAAUUUGGAGAAAGAUUUGCAGACUUAAAGAACCUUGAGAGUGAUUUCUCGAUCUUUCGAAAUCCUUUCGCUGCAAAUCCUGAUGAGACACCAGAGGAUAUUCAGUUAGAACUAAUUGAUCUUCAGUGCGAUUCUGCGUUGAAGGAAAAGUUCUCAAGUGUUGAUAUUGGUACAUUCUAUCAAUAUGUUGGGCCAAGAUAUCCUCAAAUCAAAUGUUUGGCAUCAAAGAUUAUGUCAAUGUUCGGCAGUACCUAUGUCUGUGAGCAACUCUUCUCACUGAUGAACUUGAACAAGUCUGGACUCAGGUCUCGGCUCACUAAUGAACACCUCAACUCAACACUGAAAGUAGCCAUUGCUCAGUCUCUGGCGCCAAACAUAGACGAACUUGUACAGACCAAGAGGUGCCAAGUUUCUGGGAGCAGCACGACCAGGAACUAA